AUGCCCUCGAGCAACCUCAGAGUGGCGGCCAGCUCCGUCGGUCUGGUGGGCAUUGAAGCUCUUGUUCCACCCAGUCCUCAUCGGUUGUCCUCGGUUGCAGAUGCCACUGGCACGGGUUGCAACGAUGCACUCUUCUCGCCUUGCGAUAUUCAGCUCGACUGCUGCAAGAGUGCUCUGGGUUCCAGUAGAUCCGCAAAGCUGGAGCUUCGGGAGCUACUGGAACUUGUCAUGAGUGCAGCCCCCGACACCGACUCAAGUAGCGGUGCCUUUUCAUCCACAACGGCCCCCCCUCGAUCUCCCAGUGGCCUCAUCACUCAACUUCUCUGGAGGGCCCGUGCCCUUGACGGCCGAGGACCCUGGCUGCUC